UAAAACUUUGGGUUUUCGACUCAAUAGAAAAAUGUGAUUAUGGUAAAAUAAGUCACAUUACAAGCCAGUACAGGGGUGUCCAAAAAGCGGGCCAGGGUCCAUUUUCGGCCCGCAGCGCAGCUAGUUUAUUGGACCUCAACAUUUUCUGAAAAUGUAAUUCCUUCAUUAGGAAUGAGGUAAAUAUUAGAUUCAACACUUAAAAGGAGUUUAGCAUGUACUGAAUUAGUUUGUGGCAUUUUCAUUUGGACAUCCCUGCAGAAGAGUAGACACACACAUGAGGGGGCGGAGCCUGCUGCAGUGAGUGUCCAUCACAACAGAUCACAUGGAGUUUGACACUUACCUUUGUGUGCCUGUCAGUAGUAGUGAGUCCAUGUUUGGGCCUGAGAGAGGAGGAGCAGCAUGUUUGUGUGCAGAGGAUGCUGGAGUGGGGAGUGUGCUGGGUCCUGAGGUCCACACAGCCAGUGGGGGGGAGUGUUCUGGGUCCUGAGGUCCACAGAGCCAGGUGGAGUGUGCUGGGUCCACAGAGCCAGUGGGAGUGUGCUGGGUCCUGAGGUCCACAGUGGUGAAGGAGGAUGAGGCUGUGUAACCGAGGGAUGAUGAUGCUGAUGACCACGGCGGGGGCUUUCUGCGCCUUCAGCCUCAUGACCAUCGCCGUGGGCACGGACUACUGGCUGUACUCGCGAGGCAUGUGUCGCUCCAAGAACCUGGGGGACAACGAGACGGUCAGGAAGAACGAGGAGGUGCUGACCCACUCCGGGUUGUGGAGGACCUGCUGCACGGAAGUUUUCUUCCCUGCAGGAACAUUCCGAGGCGUUUGCAAGGACAUUGAUCAUUUUGCAGAGGAUGCAGAUUACGAGCAGGACGCUGCAGAAUAUUUGCUACGCGCCGUGCGAGCAUCCAGCCUCUUCCCCAUCCUCAGCGUGGGCCUGCUGUUCCUGGGGGGCGUGUGCGUGGCGGCCAGCGAGUUCUACAAGUCGCGCCACAACGUCAUCCUCACGGCGGGCAUCCUCUUCGUCUCAGCAGGUCUCAGCAACAUCAUCGGCAUCAUCGUGUACAUAUCGGCCAACUCGGGCGACCCCAGCCAGAGCGACAACAAGAAGAGCUACUCCUACGGCUGGUCCUUCUACUUCGGGGCGCUUUCCUUCGUGCUGGCGGAGAUGGUCGGCGUGCUGGCGGUGCACGUGUUCAUCGAGAAGCACCGGCAGCUGCGCACCAAAGGCCGGCCCUCCCUCAUCAAGCCGGCGCUUCCCCGCAGCAAGCGCUACUACCACAACCGGCCCCGCGGGUACAGCAACCGGAGCAACCACAGCAUGGCCGAGUCCGCCUCCAACUCCCUCCGGGGGUCCCUGGUGCGGGAGAACUCGCUCUCCAAGGUGGUGGCCCCGCCCAGUUUGCCCACGCCGUUGACGGUGAGCUCGGACUUUGUGUUGUACGCGCUGGCCUCGCCUCUGAAGGACGGUAAGGUUGACAUGUUGGACGGUUUAGCCGCUGACGACACCGACAUGCUGCCCGGGAACUGCAGAAGAACCACUCCGGUCUGAGAACUGAAAGAAGUCCAAAGACUCCACGGUGACCUCAAUACAACUUGUAGACCAAAAGAUAAAAACAUUUUGACAUCCAGUAGAGUUUUUUUCCAAAAUGAGAGAUAUGGUGAGAAGUAGGGAUGAUGUUUGAUAAGAAAUGAUCCAGUUCGAGCCCAUUAUCGAAUCCUCUUAUCGAACCGAUUCCUUAUCGAUUCUCUUAUCGAACCCAGAUAGGUGGUUGUAUAUGGAAAAAAAACAAUAUUUGGUUUAACAAAAGCUCACUUUUAUUUUAUAAGAAAAAACUAAAAUAAAAUAAAUAAAUAUUGACUGUUACCCCCCUAAAAAAAUAAAAUAAUUAAAUAUUGACUGUUGUUACCCAAAGUAUAUUAAAGUGGGAUUUUUCAGAAAAACAAAUAUAUACAGUAACACAAAAACAACCUGUAUCUGUGAUCACUAAAGGUGUAUAAAUAAUAAUAUAGUGUUAAAUAAAAUCAGUCCCUUGGGCACAAAACUAAAAAAUAAUACAACUCUCCAAAAAGUGCACUUCUGCUGCUAUUGGAACAUACUAACUACACACACAGGCAGACAGCUAACAAACAAUCCAAGACGUCUAAUAAAGUUCCAAUACAGAUUAAUCCAUUUAGGCUCUUUAUUGUUGUUGAUCUUGCUUUAUCUUUUCCUAUCUUUACUUUUGUCUUGCACUGGACUGUUAUUUAUUUAUUUUUUCAACUGAAAUACACACAAUGACAAAUGUAUAAGCUAUGUGAUUCAAUUAACAUACGGAAAUGUAACACACAAUAUGUAAAUAUUAGCGUCACACAAAUAUACAGUACUAUCAUCAAACAAAUACUUCUGAGUGUUGAAACUAUUUUGAUGGUGGAAAUACACGACUGGCAGCCAUUUUAAGUCCUCAAAACAUCCAUUGAAACAGUGCACAAAAAUCGUUUUUUAAUAAACAUCUUAGUAUCAAACUUAAACACUUUCCACUUUAAUAUUGAGUUACAUAAACAAGUUAAACAGUUUACU